CGACAAGCUCCUCAACCUCGAAACUCGAUCUCACCCGAACUUCGUUAGCACAUAACCUCGUUCUCCAGGAUAUCGCGUCAUCGUUGGCGCAUUGCAGGGAAAGAUCUCGAAUAUCUAAUUUAGUUCGAACCAUGGGUCGUCCGAGAUUGAUUAUACUGAUCAGACACGCCCAGUCUGAGGGCAAUAAGAAUCGCGAGAUUCACCAGUCCAUUCCUGACCACCGAGUCAAGUUGACUCAGGAAGGAUGGCAGCAGGCUCGUGAUGCCGGUCGCCGGCUACGAGCCAUGCUCCGUCCAGAAGACACCCUCCAGUUCUAUACAUCGCCCUACCGACGAACAAGAGAGACGACCGAAGGGAUUCUAGAAACCCUGACAUCCGACGACCCCGACCCUUCACCUUUCAAACGCAGGAACAUGAAGGUAUAUGAGGAGCCGCGGUUGCGAGAACAAGAUUUUGGAAACUUCCAACCAUGCAGUGCUGAGAUGGAACGCAUGUGGCAAGAGCGCGCUGACUACGGACAUUUCUUCUAUCGUAUUCCAAACGGUGAGAGCGCCGCCGACGCUUACGACCGUGUAUCGGGCUUCAACGAGAGUCUGUGGCGCCAGUUCGGGGAGGACGACUUCCCCAGUGUCUGCGUCCUAGUAACCCAUGGUCUCAUGUCUCGAGUCUUCCUGAUGAAGUGGUACCACUUCUCCGUCGAGUACUUUGAGGACCUGCGCAAUGUCAACCACUGCGAAUUUCUCAUCAUGAAGAAACAGCAGGACAGCGGCAGAUACGACCUCGAGAAUAAGCUUAGGACGUGGUCUGAGCUACGCCGUGAGAGAGAAGCCCUAAAGGCAAAAGAAGACAAGGAACUAACUGAUACCGGAAAGAAGAAGGAACUAAGCAAGAUAGAGAGGCAGAACAGCACUCCGAUUGCACCACGUCGAUGGGGCGGCUGCCCUCACGGUUGUGACCAUGGGAAGGAUUUCAAGAUAAGACGUGAUCUAGCCGAGCUACGCCAGCAUGACGAAGACAACGCUACGAAUGGUGUUGCCCAUGCUGUUCCUGAGACGAAUGGAACUAUAGCCAGUCGCCGUACUCCAGCCAAGAGAGUUCAAGGACCUAACAAUUCCGACGACGACUCUGAUGAUCCUCGUGGCAGAGUCGCACCCCACAUCGACGUAACUAAGGCCCAGGAAGAAGUUGUCUCCUCGCCAGAUGGAACACCUUCAUAUAUCACGAUCGAAGAUCGGCUUCGAAACGCGCUCAAGACUCCACAGAAGUCGACGUUUUUACAUACUGGGCGCGACUUCGGCGGCACGUUAUCGGGGCACGCUAGUGAGGAGGAAUUCUCAGAAAACGAUGCCCGCGAACGCCUUGCUGCUAAAGUCGCGCGAGUUAGAAAUGGUGAAAGGUCAUUGCUUAAUGGUAGAGAUCCGUCGGCUACACGACACGCGCAUGCCAAUAAGCUUGGUGAUGCGCCGAACAACUCCGACCAAGGAUCUGACGGAGGUGACGAAGCCGAAGAUAUCGACAAGGCAGAACGCGAGGAUAAAAGUAUUAGAGGUAGUGUCUAUUGAGGCGGAAUGUGGUUGGUUUCAAUGUAUGUUACCUCUUUCUGGCCUAUUGGAGAUACCCUUUACGACUUGCGCAUAUGAAUAGACUGGAAAAUACGAGACCUUUGUAUGAUGCUCUUGUGCCAAUAGCUAAGAGUGCACAUUUUCAAGAACGUACUGCACUUUCAGACGCUGGUUUUCUAUUCACAAAGCUUCUGGUGGUCAACUAGAAUCCUUUGGCCCUCGUGACGCCCAACCUGAGAUCAUUC